GCAGCCCAGCCCUGACGCAGCAGCAUGGAGCAGGUCCCGGACACCUCCCGCCCCCCGCUGGAGUACGUGAAGGGGGUCCCUCUCAUCAAGUACUUCGCAGAGGCACUGGGGCCCCUACAGAGCUUCAGGGCCAGACCUGAUGACCUGCUCAUCAGCACCUAUCCCAAAUCCGGCACCACCUGGGUGAGUGAGAUCCUGGACAUGAUCUACCAGGACGGCGACCUGGAGAAGUGUCGCAGGGCCCCCAUCUUCAUACGGGUGCCCUUUCUUGAAUUCAAGGCCCCAGGGGUCCCCUCAGGUUUUGAGACUCUGAAAGAUACACCAGUUCCACGGCUCCUCAAGACACACUUGCCCCUGGCCCUGGUCCCACAGACGCUGCUGGAUCAGAAGGUCAAGGUGAUCUAUGUUGCCCGCAAUGCGAAGGAUGUGGCCGUCUCCUUUUACCAUUUCUACAACAUGUGCAAGGUGCACCCUGACCCUGGCACGUGGGACAACUUCCUGGAGAUAUUUAUGGCUGGGGAAGUGUCCUACGGGUCCUGGCACCAGCACGUCAAGGAGUGGUGGGAGCUGGGUCGCACCCACCCUCUUCUCUAUCUCUUCUAUGAGGACAUGAAGGAGAACCCCAAAAGGGAAAUUCAGAAGAUCCUGAAGUUUUUGGGGCGCUCCCUGCCAGAGGAGAUCGUGGACCGUAUUGUCCAGCAAACAUCUUUCAAGGAGAUGAAGAAGAACAGCAUGGCCAACUACGACGCCAUACCCACUAACAUCAUGGACCAGCGCAUCUCCCACUUCAUGAGGAAAGGCAUCGCUGGGGACUGGAAAAACACCUUCACUGUGGCCCAGAAUGAGCGCUUUGACGCCGACUAUGCUGAGAAGAUGGCAGGCUGCGAGCUCACCUUCCGCUCAGAGCUGUGAGUGGCGCCUGCCAUUGGUGCCUCGGAGGGAGGGUGUGGCAGCAGCCCAGAAACCAGCUCAAGGAUGAAGGACAGUGGUGGUGAACGGGGAGCCGCUGUGGGGAGCCUCUGUGGGGAGCCAGAGCGAACCUGAGCAAAAUAGAUGCCCAGUGGGACCAAACGAAGCCUGCACUGCCUCCGCUUGCCCUGUAGUGAGCGGGCAGGGGAGAAGGGCCUGGAAAAAUAAAGUGCAGGAGACAAGG